AUGCCGCCGCCACUAUCUUCGGAGCCAAAGCCGAAGCCGAAGUUCGGCCCCUCACGCAGCCACAUACCUCUGCCGAGACAAGGCACUUUGGACAAGUUCUUCAAUCGAUCGAGCGGCAACCUCCCGACGGCAGCAGCAUCAUCCUCAUCAACCACCGCGAACAAAACGCCAACGAAGCAGACCGCGCCGCCCAGGUCUACGUUCGCCGUGGUCAUUAAGUUAAGCCCCAGCAAACAUGCAACAACGCCGCCGAGGACCGUAGAGGACGACGCCGACGACCUCGUCAUCUCCGAUCUCUCGCCUCAGUUCAGGAGACUCGCGGCGCAGGCGGCGUCGGGCGUGAGCCUGGCCAAGCCGGUCUUGCCAGACAUCGACAUUGACGAGCCCGAGGAAGAGGCGGAGGGCGAGGCGGAAGCGACUUCGUCCGGCGCGACACCCCAGCCGCAGCCGAAACGGCGGGGUCGUCCAAAGGGAUCCAACAAGACUCCGCGGCCAGCAACCGAAGGGCCGAGAAAGCUGCGGCCGGACCGGCCCAAGGCCGGGAGCAUGUACGCGGGUAAGCAAAAGCGGCGAGGACGACCGCCGAGAGCAGAGUCGCCCAAGCCGAGAGCCAUCUACGAGGGUCUCAACCCGCACUUCAACGUCUUCAUCUGCGAAUGGCAAGGGUGCGAGGCUGAGCUUCACAACUUUUCCACACUGAAAAAACACGUCAUGAUUGUCCAUGCGAGAAACUCGCCAUUCCAGUGUCGAUGGGCAAAGUGCGCCGAACGGCAACCGCCUGGUGACUUCCCCACAUCGGCGGACCUCACAUCACAUAUCGAAGAUCUACAUAUGCUUCCCAUUGCCUGGCAGGUCGGGGACGGGCCGCAGGUGUCAUUCAAGCGAUAUGCCCCCGACGAUGGGACCGAGCUCCCUGCCUACCUGUUUGACAAGGCGGGCAACCAGAUCACGCCGUCGAUCCGGGACCAAAGGGAGGAGGACUUCAUCUCGUGGCGCAACAACAGGCGGAGACUCAAGGACCUUUUGCUCCUGCGGGACCAAAACCUGCCAAGUGAGGAGGAGGACAACGGAAUGGAGGAUGUAGUUGUCGAAGGCGAAUGA